AUGAGUCCUUACAAGGCUGUAUCGGGAUACACGACCGCAUCGGGCGCUCAGGCCUUGAGUACGUCUGGAUAUACUCCUCAACUUCAGAUCAUUGAUACUGGUUCAACCUCUUUCAGUGCGAUUGUCGGUCUGGCUCAGGGUACAUAUCCUCCCAGUCAGCAAACAGUGAUGUAUGCAGCUAAGUCCAACUUAGUCCCUCAGUUAGAUCCAAUUGCCUCGGUAGUUGUCGGCGUCAGUAAUAUUUACAACCUCUCGCUAAUAACUCCCAAGUAUUGCACACUUUCACGUCAGCAGGCGUUCUAUACGGUGGCCUUAUCACCACGUCACUCGGCCAGGGUAUUAGCUACGUACCAAUGCAGGGAGCAACAAACGAGCUCACAGUCGGUCUAUAUGAUCAGGACAUGCGCCCCCUUCAGAUAA